UUUCGACAUCAGCCGAGACUCCCAAGAGUUCUAGAUAAUGAUCACAACCCCAGCACCCCCUUUCCCUACCUAAGGUGCAUAUGUACACGCCGACAGGCCAUCCUCGGCUACGAGAUCCCCAUUGUGCUGUGGGGAAUCGAGGAAACCGUUACAUCCCUGAGAGCUCUGCAUUGGCGGAAACUGUUAUAAGCGUCCUUGGGAACCCCUUUUUCACGGGCCGGAAUGAACCCACCGAGCGAAAUGGUCCGCUUGGUUCUGCUAUGGUUAAUGACAUUUUGGCUCCAAGUUCCAUCCGGGUCUCUGGUAGGUCCCUAUAUGAAGUCGGUUCAGCCGGCUCGGUUGCCAAUCAUAACGGCACUUGACGGUUCACAAUCGCCGUCACGAUGAAAUCCUCUCUUGUUCGUGGAGCCCUCGGCAUCGGCCUUCUCGCAGGGGCAGCCACUGCUGACCUCACAACGACCAUAGACGCCAAGUCGGAUCUGGGCACAUGGGAAGGCUGGGGCACGUCGCUGGCAUGGUGGGCGCAAGCAUUUGGCACGCGCGAUGACCUGGCCGACAUCUUCUUCACGACCAAGACGGUGGCGGUCACCGGCCAGACCCUGCCGGGCCUGGGCUUCAACAUCGCGCGGUACAACGCCGGCGCGUGUAGCAGCAACAGCAUCAACGGCACGCGCAUGGUGGUGUCGCCCAAGAUGAUUCCGUCGCGGCAGAUGCAGGGGUUCUGGCUCGACUGGGAGAGCACGAGCCCGGCGUCGAGCAGCUGGGACUGGAGCGUCGACGCCGCCCAGCGCGCCAUGCUGACCAAGGCCCGCGACCGCGGCGCAGACAUCCUGGAGCUGUUCUCCAACUCGCCCAUGUGGUGGAUGUGCGUCAACCACAACCCGUCCGGGUCCGACGACGGCAAGUCGGACAAUCUGCAGUCGUGGAACCAUGUCCAGCAUGCCGUCUACAUGGCCACCGUCGCCAAGUACGCGGCCGACCACUGGGGCGUCAGGUUUCAGUCCGUCGACCCGUUCAACGAGCCGUCGGCGACGUGGUGGAACGGCAAGACGGGCACACAGGAAGGGUGCCACUUCGACGUGAGCACGCAGGCCACCCUCAUCGGACAUCUGCGGCGAGAGCUUGACGCGCGCGGGCUGGCGUCGACCGUUGUCUCGGCGUCGGACGAGAGCUACUACGACGAGGCGGUGGCGACGUUCAACAAGCUCGGCGCCACGGCGCUGGGCCAGGUGGCGCGCAUCAACGUACACGGGUACCAGUACGGGAACGGGAGGCGGGAUACGCUGUACGCGCUGGUGUCGCAGGCGAAGAAGAAGCUGUGGCAGAGCGAGUACGGCGAAGGGGACGCGACGGGACAGCGGAUGGUGAGCAACAUGCUGCUGGAUUUCCGGUGGCUGAAGCCGACCGCCUGGGUGUACUGGCAGGUCUUGGACGGCGGUGGAUGGGGGCUGGUCGAUGCCGACAACGACGCCAGGACCAUCAAGGGCGUGAACCAGAAAUACUGGGUGCUGGCGCAGUUCACGAGGCAUAUCAGGCCCGGUAUGCGCAUCCUGGAUGCCGGGAGCGACUACGCGGUCGCGGCAUACGAUGCGUCGGCGAAGAAGCUGGUCGUCGCGGCCGUCAACUGGGGCAGUGCGCAAUACAUCAACUUUGACCUGUCCAAGUUCGGUACGCCAGGGGUCAACGGCGCGCUGGUCAAGAGAUGGGCCACCCAGAUCGGCAGCUCGGGCACUCGCUAUGCCGCGUACAGCGACACCUAUAUUAGCGGGACCAAGUUCUGGUCAAAGUUCGAGCAGAACAUGGUGCAGACCUUUGAGGUGUCUGGCGUGGUGCUGUAAGGCGCCUACCAUAUGUAUGGACUUUAGCUUAUAGGUAGCAGACCGUCCGCCCGUCCAUGCGCUAUGGUACUGAGAAAUCGACAUGGAUGGUCGAUGAAUUGAAUAGGGUGUUGAUGUUGUUUGGUCC